AUGCGCGCCUCUACUCUCGCACUCGUCGUCGCCCCCGCUGUCGUUCUCGGCCAAUCUCCCCUGUACGGCCAAUGUGGUGGUACUGGAUGGACCGGUCCCACAACAUGCGUUUCCGGCGCGGUGUGUAACAAAGUCAAUAACCCUGCUCCUACUGGAGGCAAUGGUGGAGGAGGCUCAGGAGCUGCAGGUGGAUUGCACGAAAAAUUCAAGGCCAAGGGAAAGAUCUACUAUGGCACUGAAAUCGACCACUACCAUCUGAACAACGCCCCCCUCAUGACGAUUGCCAAGAACAGCUUCGGACAGAUCACGCACGAGAACAGCUUGAAGUGGGAUGCUACUGAACCAUCACGUGGACAAUUCUCGUUUACCAAUGCCGACAAGGUCGUCAGCUGGGCUACCCAGAACGGAAAGCUCAUGCGUGGUCACACACUGCUCUGGCACUCGCAGCUGCCGUCGUGGGUUACGCAGAUCAACGACCGCGCUACCCUGACCUCCGUCAUCCAGAACCACGUGACACAGAUCGUCACCCACUACAAGGGCAAGAUCUUGCAGUGGGACGUCGUUAACGAGAUCUUUGCUGAGAACGGCCAACUUCGAGACAGUGUCUUUAGUCGUGUCCUCGGCGAAGACUUUGUUGGUAUCGCUUUCCGCGCCGCACGCGCCGCUGAUCCCAACGCUAAGCUCUACAUCAACGACUACAACUUGGACAGUGCCAACUACGCCAAGGUCACCACGGGUAUGGUCGCACACGUUAACAAGUGGAUAUCCCAAGGUAUCCCCAUUGAUGGCAUUGGCACACAGGCCCAUCUUGCCGCACCUGGCGGCUGGAACCCAGCUUCCGGCGUCCCCAACGCCCUCAAGGCACUGGCCGCCGCCAAUGUCAAGGAGAUUGCCAUUACGGAGCUUGAUAUCGCCGGCGCCGCAGCAAACGACUUCCUCACCGUCAUGAACGGUUGUCUUGCCGUCUCAAAGUGUGUUGGUAUCACCGUCUGGGGUGUCUCCGACAAGGACAGCUGGCGCGCCAACGACCGCCCUCUCUUGUUCGACACCAACUACCAGCCAAAGCAGGCUUACAACACCCUUGUUGGAGCUUUACUAUUUGGUAUUACAGAUGAAUGUGAAACAGGGCAGAAGUUCAAUGAGCUGAUAGUGUCGGUGUAG